AUUGGUAGUUUAGUGUACGCAAGAGUAUCUUCAGCAAAUAAAGACAUGGAACCGGAGCUUGAAUGUAUUAAUCCAUCAACAAAUAAAGCGGAUGGAUUUGGUGAAUUAGAAGGUGGAUACGUGAUUAAAUGUUCGCUAAGAUAUUGCAGAAAGUAA